CGGAAGUUAAUGAUGUAUCCGAUACUGUAUCGCUGGCGAUUAGAUGUGCAGCAGCAACGAUGGCGGGUCCCAGUAGGAAGCAGAUGUUGAGGUUUCUAAGCCAAGUGGGGGCGUUUAUUUUGACCCGGUUUGGAUUUUGGAACUGCUUCAGCAUGCUGAUGCUCUUUGCUGAACGAGCGGACUCGAAAAGGAAGCCAGAUAUCCACAUACCGUACCUGUAUGUGGACAUGGGCGCUGCGGUGAUCUGUGCCAGCUUCAUGUCAUUUGGGGUGAAGAGACGGUGGUUUGCUUUGGCUGCUGCCGUACAGCUUGCCAUCAGUACUUACGCAUCAUACGUUGGAGAGCAGGUGUAUUAUGGGGAAUGGCUUAAGGUGCGAAUGUACUCCAGAGCGCUGGCCAUUAUUGGAGGCUUUCUGAUUCUGGCCAGCGGCGCAGGGGAAGUAUACAGACAGAAACCACGCAGCAGAUCCCUGCAGUCUACUGGACAAGUUUUUCUGGGAGUCUAUCUCAUUUGCAUGGUUUACUCCCUCCAGCACAGCAAAGAGGACAGGCAGGUCUAUCUGAACCACAUCGUUGGGGGAGAGGUCACUCUGAUGCUGCUGGAGGUGGUGUUUGGCAUCCUGGCUCUGGCCUUCCUCUCCGGCUGCUACAUCCGCCUGGCUGCUCAGAUCCUGGCCACCAUCCUUCCUCUUAUUAUCUUGCUCAUCGAUGGUAACAUUGGUUACUGGCACCACACUCGGAAGGUGGAGUUCUGGAACCAGAUGAAGCUGAUAGGUCAUAAUGUGGGCAUCUUCGCCGCUGUACUGAUCCUAGCCACUGAUGGCUGAACAGUCACACACUCAGACAGCUUUUACAGACCAAGGUGUGUGCACCAGAGGAAGAUGUCGUUGGCCUUUUCAUCGUGGCCCAACUCUGUACUCAAAGCUGCCGUCACUCGAUGACGCCUCAGGAUUAAAAACAGUCACUGCUGAGACGGUUGGAUGUAAGCUGCAUCGAUUAUCCAGUUUGUAACUUUGCUUUUGCAAGGAAAAAGAAAAAACACAACCUUGCUUUUUAAAUGUUAAUAAUUUAUUUGGAUUUAUGUUUACAUUUUUGUUUCUGAUAUGCUCUGAAGCUUGACAGGGAGUGUUAUUACUACAAACCUACUGGGAACUUUUAAAAGAGGUCUUAAUGAUUUCAAUCACUAUUUACAGUGGAUGGUUUAAAUACGUGAUUUUAAAAAAGGGAAAAAUUGCUGGGUGACAAAUUAAAGGAAAAAGGCAUCAUGAAGCAACAGCUUGAUUGGGGUUUUAGAGAGGGAUGAAAGUGCACGGCUGCAAAGGAACAACACAAACAAAUAGUUUUAUGUCCGUUACCUUGUUUUUGUAAUUGUUAGAAGCCAGAAUAUAAAUUUGACUUAAUUCCAAAGCCCUUCUUGACCUGAAGAAAAGUUGAGAUGCAUUAUCCUAGGUGGUUCUUAUCUUAGUUGUCAACAAAAGCAUCAUUUUUGAUAAAUUCUUCCACAACCAGCAGUACUGUGCAAAAUACCACACAGCAGUGAGACCAAUCCGAGAAAAGGCCAAAAUGAUAACUGAAAGUAUAAUUUGAUUAAUUGCCAAUCUGUGCUUAGCAACAUGUUGAGCCAGAACAGCUUCAGUCCAGCUGUCUCUGUAAUAAACAGCUUUAACCUAAGAGAUUAUUCACUAAUUUUGUGAUUUGGUUUUUGCAGAGCACCAACUUAAAACAUCAGCUCUCCUGUACGUACAUACAUACAGCUGUCUUUCUUAACCACCAACCAGAGGUUGGAACUGGAUCCUGUCAUAGCUGACUUUGGGUGAGAGCGAGGGGCGGGGUAUGCCACUCACACCUGCAGCCAAUUUAGAACUCCUAUAAAAAGUUUAAUUAACUCCCACCCCUCACUGUAGGGGAAGGGUCAAAGGUUCAGGUUUUUCCUUUAAUUUGUUGCACGUCUUAUGUGAUAUUGCUUUUGAAGUGGAAUGACUAUGCUGGCCUAUUGGGAAUAAACACCAUGUUUAAAGCAGUCUUUCAAUGGGUAGUCCUGUCUGACAUCAUAGAUGGUGUAAAAGGUGGGCUUGGCAAUGUGACGUCUCCUGCUGGCUUUAAAGCUUCCAGAUACGCGUUUUUACCUUCACCAUUGUGUUAUUAGAAGCAGCAGGUCUGACUAUGAAACAGCACUCUCAUUGUUUAAUGGGUUGUCAAUCAUAAGCCUUAACAAAUAAGUGUACUCAUUAUUCUCCUUCCGAAAUUUACAAACUCAAUUGGCUUCACUUUUUAGACCCAGUCCGUCUUUUAUAUGUCUACAGCUGUAAUACUUUUUAACUGCUUACAUUUUAUAUGAAAUAACUGUUUAGUUACAUGGGUAUUCAAGUCACUUCAUUUUACUGAAAGCUGCAGUUUGUUUUCUAUGAUGUGCCCAAUUUGGCUCAACAUUCAGUUAACAAGGAAGAAAGGCUGAAUGUAACAGAUCCUUCAUGUCCAAGACUGUGCAGUGUGUUUAGGAGGUAUAAUUACCAGGAUGUGUGAUUAAAUAUGCAUAAACCCUU